AUGAAUUAUUCAAUUUUGAAGAAAACAUUCUCUAAUAGUAUUGAAUCUGAAGAAAGCAAAUUGAGUCUUAUCUAUCUAGUAACAUCAAACUCUUUAGGAAUAUCAUUAGAUGAUCUUAUCACCCUCUUUCCUAGAUGCUGUCAAAAUUUUAUUGCUGAAAAAAUUGUGACUGAAUCUUUAGCCUAUAAACAAUUUCUUUCUCACUUCAUUACUGAAGACUCUGAAGGAUAGAAAGUUUAUGUAUUAGGAAAAGAUAAAUUCUUAUUCGAUUAUAUGUAUAAGACUAAUACCAGCUAUUUAUUCUCUAAAGGUAUUUUCUAUAAAUUUAUAAUAAGCUUACAAAUAUUUAUUAUAGAAUACUAUUGAGAUUUAUAAUCUAGAUUCUUUUGAUAAAACAUUAAACCCAUUGAUAAUCUAUGAAAAAUAACAUCAAAUAGAUACCUCAAACCCAUUACAUUUUCAAUUAUAUCGUAUUUCGAAUAUUGAACUAUUACUUAGAGAAGGUCUUAAAAAGUAUUUAUUUACUUUUACUCAAAAUAAAGAAGAAUGUUAUAAUUUAAUUUAGAAUGAAAAGUAUUACGAAACAACCAAACUUAAUUUUUCAAAUUUCGAAUAAGAUUAAUUUCAUAUUGAAUUAAGUAAUGUCUUAGCUAAUUUUUAAAUAAGUUUAAAUUCAAAUUUCUCAUCCAUCUAUUAAUUCCUUAAAUUUUUAUUAGGAUGCAGAAUUAUUUAUUAACUAAAUAAAUAACACAUAAAAAAUAUCUCUUUAAAAUUGAUUUGCUAAUCAUUCUGUAAAUAGUUUUUUGAUCAUUACUUAUUUAUAUAUACAGAAUUCCAUGAAUACAUGAUCAAAUUUAUUCAAUUUGAAUGCGAUUCACUAACUUCAGGUUUAUUAUCUAAUAGUUUACCAAAUCUUAGUAUUACUCUAAGUGCAUAUUGUUAAUACUACAAAAUUAAUAAGAAAAUAUUAAAUUUUGAUUACAAAAAGCAUAUAAAAAUUGGAGAUUUUUUAGAUUUUUAUUUUAGAUUUGAUUUACUCUAUUUAUAAUUCUCUUAAGUUUCAUCAAUUGAAGAAUAUGCUGUAAUUGUUGAUUACUACAGAUUGAAUCUAAAAAAUCCUUAUCCUAAUGUGUUGGUGAGAGAAAUCUUAUAAAAUAUAGCCACUUCAAUUGAUGAAUGUCAAUAACCAAAAGUCUUGGAUCCUUUUGAUUUUAUUUCUUAUGAUGUUUCUCCUCCUAGAUUGAUGAUUAAACUAUAAACCUUUUUAGUUGAGAGACAUCUUUAUCUAAAUAAUUAUGAAUGGUAAUUCUUCUUAUUUGAAACGGUAAUACAUAUGUAUCUAUACUUUUAGUUUAGUGAUAUUAAAGCAAAUAAAAAUUUACUUAAUGAUGAGCAAUUUGUCUAAAAGAAAAUUAAAUAUAUUUAAGAGAAUUAUGAAGAUACUAAAAAAAUUAAUUAAGUUGAACAUAUCUUUAUUAAUCUUCUUCCUCUUACAUCAUAAAAGUCAUUGUCCGAUUACAUUUUGCUUGUGUUGACAAUAUUAGAUCAUUCCCUUUUUAUUAAAUUAUUUAGUUUAAUAGUUUAUAAGUAUUAUGCACAUUCACAAAAUAAAAAUAUAAAAGUGCUUGAAGGUAUGCACAUCAAAAUAAAAUAGAUUUAUAAAAAUUCUUAUGCAUUCCUGAGUAUAAUUAUUUAUUGAUUGGAAUCAUUAAACUUAUUAAUUAAUGGAAGAAUGAAAUCAAAAACUCUAAAGAUCCAUUUUAUAUUGCUUUAGACUAAGUAAAAUGGAAAUACAGAUAAAUUGGAUUAGUUUUUUUUCGAUGUGGAAGUUUUGUAGAAUCUGUUUAUUAUUUAGAAAAAUACCUAGCCAAAAAAAAUUUACUCUUUAUAUUUGAUUUAAAGAAAUUAUCUCAUAAAAAAUAAGAAAAGCUCCACACCACUCUUUUAUAUAUUAAUAUGGCAAAGAGCCAUUUGAAUUGCUCUAUACCUCCUGAAUAAAUCUAUACUAGAUUAGAUUUUAAGUUUCCUUUUAAUCCUGAUUCAUUACUCGAAGUAGGAAAUAAUUGGUACAAAGAAUAAAAUGUUGCUAUGAAAAUGAAAUAAAAGUAAAUACCUUUAGAUGUACAAUUAUACAAUUUUAAGGAACUAAAUUAAAAAGGGCAAUAUUUAAAUAUUUUAGAUCCUUCUCGAUUAGAUAAAAUAGUUAUUUCUUUAAUAGCAGACAUUUCAAGAUAUGUUUCAUAAUAGAUGAGUAAAGAUGAAAUAAAUUAGAAUUUAAAAUAUGUAAAGUUAUCAAUAGCUUUAUCUCUAAAAUCAACAAGUUUAUCGAAAAUAAUUUGUUAAAAUAUAAUUUAGAUUUCUUAUAUAAUAAAAAGAAUAGAGAAUUAUUGGGAAGGUAUUUAAGGUAAAGAGAUUAGAAUAACGUUUGUAAAAAGAUUUUCUCAAAUAUAUUGGAUGUACUUAAAUACUUUGGUGAAGAGGAGGUAAUAAAUUUAAGAUUAAGUUUAAUAGUUCUAAAUCAUAUAAAAUAAUAAAUUAUAGAGAACAGUAUGCAAAAUACUUGAUGUAAAUUGACAAAUAUGAGGAGGCUUUGGCAAUAUGUAAGAAAAAGUAAAAUCUAAUCCAAUGUCGUAUUUAUGAAAGAAUGGGAUAUUAUUAUAAAGCAAUAAGUUUAACAGGGAUUGAUCCUUUUACAUAUACAUAGAAUAAAGGACUUUUUAUAACAGAGAUAUAGAAUUGUUCAUAGAAAAUAAAAUUCUUACGAUAUUUAAUUAAGGAUUAAUUAUUUCAUAGAGAAAGGGUAUUGUAAACUUAUAGUGAUAUUUGGAGUUCAAAACAUUUGCCUCCAUUAUCUAGAUUUUUUGAGAAUAAGAAGAAAUUUAGUAAAUUUUGUUAUCAUUAUGCAUAAGAAUUGGAAUAGGAAUAUAAAUGUAGAUGUGAUAGUUAGAAUCAAUAAAAUUGUUUAAAAUUGAUGGAUUUAUAUUUAAGUAGUGUAAGUGCAGGGGAUAAAUAUGUUUAAUAAUCAUUUCCAAAGAUAUUUAGACUUUGGUUUGUACAUAAAUAAAAAGAUUAAUUUGCAUUAAAAUUUGAUUAAUAUUUGAAUUCUAUAAGUUGUGUAAAGUUGCAAUAUUGUUUAGAGUUAUUAAUAACAGGAGUGGAAACAUUUAAGAAUGAUAGAACAUCUAGUAGAAGUUUAACUUAAGCUUUAUCAAUAUUGGCUACUAAUUAUCCAAAUUAAAUGAUUUGGUGGUUGGCUCCUUUAAAAUAUUUCAAUUAAUAAUCUUAACAGUAAUUAUUGUAAAUAACAGUUUUAGUAAAAUAAAUAUUUAUCAAGAAGUCUUAAAAUUGAUACCUGAGAAGAGAGAGAAAUUAGAAGAGUUGGAAAAAUAGUUUAAUGUGAUUUUAAGAAUUUGUUAAUAAAAGUCAAAAAUAUAAUAAUAAUAAGGAUGGGUAGUUGAGAAUAUUAAUUCAUAAUUUAUAAGUGAAUAUAAUAAAAAUAGAGAGAAAUUAAUAUAUCCUGGGAUUGAUAAUUUAUCAUAACCUUUUAAAUAAGAAGAAAGUUUAGUGAAGAUUGUAUAAAUAUAUCCUUAAAUGAAAAUUGCUCCAUCAAAAGACAAACCUAAGAAAAUAUAGGUUGAAUGCAGUGAUUCAAGCAUAAAAUAUUUAUUAUUAAAAAAUGAAGUUUAAGAUUCAAAAAAUAAUGGAGAUACAAGAAGAGAAUAAAGAAUAAUAUUGAUGUUAUAAUUUUUUAAUACUUUAUUAGAGCCUCUCUAAUUAAGAUAUCCAUUAUUUGCAUCAAUGAGUUUAAAUUAACUUAGUUAAGUAAUUGAAUGGGUAACUUAAACAACUACAUGUAGAGAAGCAAUAGGAGUAUCUACAAUAAGUGCUAAGAACAGAUAAGUUUAUAAUUAAACAGAAUGGAAAUAAUUAAGUGAAUAAGAACCAAAGUUAAAUAAUUAUUUUUUUACAUAAUAUUAAGAUCCUUAUGUUUGGUAUGAUGCUUAAUAAGGAUUUAUCAAAUCUAUGGCUUUAUGGUCAGCCUUUUAAUAUUUAAUUGGAUUUGGCGAUAGACAUUGUGAUAAUAUUUUAAUUCAUGAAAAUGGAGAACUUAUUCAUAUAGAUUAUGAAUGUGUAUUUCAUAAAGGAAAAUUCUUACCUGUACCUGAGAUUGUGGAUUUCAGACUAACAAAAAAUCUUAGAUAUGGUAUGGGAUACUUAAGAGAGCAAGGUUAAUUUCGAUAAUUGCUAGAAUAAAUUAUAGAAGUAUUCCAAAAACAUAAGGAUAGUAUAUUUGCAUUUCUUGAUCCAUACAUCUAUGAUCCUUUAUUAUGUAGAACUUCAUCAGAUGUAAUAGAAUUAAUUAAGUUUAAAUUGAAUAACUCAAUUAAUGUCCAAAAUUUAAUAGAACGUAAUUGUGAUUUAGAAAUUCUUAGAUAAAUGUAUUAUGGAUGGGCUCCUUAUUAAUGA